UGCUAUUUUCCGUCUCUCCUUACCAGCCCCCAGUCUUGCUACAUGCCGUAACUUGUGUAGCUACCCUCCUCGGGAGAGACUGUUUCGAAAUGCUUUCCGCGAUCUUUCUGCCCGCCCUGGUUGGCCUCCUCUUACCCGCUGUCAAUGCUCAAGCAUGCGGCCUCAAUCAAGUCGCCCAAGCCGCUGGCUUGCAGUACUUUGGUACGGCUGUCGGUGAGGGGGCCGUGAACGAGCAACCGUACAUGAACAUUGUCAACGACAUCAACGAGUUCGGUCAAGUUGUACCCGAAAAUGGACAAAAGUGGCAGUCAACCCAGCCCAACAGAGGCCAGUUCUCGUACUCGCAGGGAGACAUCGUCACCAACGUCGCAACUCGCAACAAUCAGGUCCUGCGUUGUCACACUUUGGUCUGGCACAGCCAGCUGCCGGGCUGGGUGUCAUCUGGUAGCUGGAACAGGCAAUCCCUGGAGGAGGUCAUUGUAACCCACAUCAACAACGUUAUGGGCCACUACCUCGGCAAAUGUUAUGCCUGGGAUGUAGUGAAUGAGGCCAUUGACGACAACGGUAGCUGGCGCGACAGCGUCUUUUACCGAGUCUUUGGCACUGAUUUCAUUCCUCUUUCCUUCAAAGCUGCCAAGGCUGCCGACCCAAACACGAAGCUUUACUACAACGACUACAAUCUCGAGUACAACCAGGCCAAGACAGACCGUGCCGUCGAACUCGUCAAGAUAGUACAGGCUGCAGGCGCCCCCAUCGACGCGGUUGGUCUUCAGGGCCACAUGAUUGUCGGCUCAACCCCAUCCCGGUCCGCCUUGACAACAAUGUUGCGCCGCUUCACGGCUCUCAAUGUUGACGUGUCGUACACCGAGGUAGACAUUCGCCACUCGAGCCUCCCGGCCAGCUCUCAGGCUGCUGCCCAGCAGGGUGUCGACUACGCCAACAUGGUAGGAUCAUGUCUCGACGUUGGCCCACGUUGUGUCGGCUUUACAGUUUGGGGAUUUACCGAUAAGCAUUCGUGGAUCCCCAGCACCUUCCCCGGUACGGGUGAUGCGAUGCUUUACGAUGCCAAUUACAACAAGAAGCCGGCUUGGUCGUCUGUCUCGAGUGUCCUGCGCGCCAAGGCCACGGGCUCCGGCUGUGGUCCUGCUACAAAUUUGCCGACUACCACUGUCGCAACUACAUCUCCUCCUACAAGUUUCACAACCAGCGUUACUUCUACCACGACCAGUGCUCCUCCUCAGCAGACCACUCCACCUGCUACGAGUCCUGGCACGGUGCCGCAGUGGCAGCAAUGUGGUGGUAUCAACUGGCAGGGCGGUACCGUUUGCGUGAGCCCUUUCAGGUGUGUGAAGCUGAACGAUUGGUAUUAUCAGUGCAUAGAGUAAGCAAGUUUGCUGCUUUCAGUCUGUCUAAAUGAUCACCACAUCAAGCAUACAUAGUUACUCGUAUAUUUAGUAUUGUUAAGCCUGCAAUUCCAAGUAUCAUUUCAAAUGUUUGCCCAAACAGAAAUACCGAAAUUUGAUCUCUAUGAGGCUUGCUGCACAGGCUGCCAAGGACCUCCAACAUCCUCGAGGUCGUAGUUGUAGUUCUGGUCAAAGCUGCGACCAGGCUGGAGCUCGAGGGGGUAGGUGGACAAGGCGUUGACAAAAUCCUUGUCGAAGUUCUGGUAGCACCAUUCGGUGACCAUAUACUGACCGGCACCAGCACCACCUCCAGUCCACAGCUCCCCCUUGCCUUGGCCUUCGUAGACCUUCUCGUCCACCACCCACCUCCUGUCCAGCCAAUCCGCCGCAGGGUAUAGCUGCUUGCCAAACUCGAUAGCCACCCUGUUUGUGGUGACCUUCAACCCGGCCAGGUCGACAGCAGAUGCAAGCCAAAGGGUGCCGACGCAGGUAGUCAUCCACACGCGCGUCUUGGGCCAAGCCUCUUUUAUAAACUUUUUGGAGGCAUCAGUCUGCGACUCGAACCCGUUGCCUCCAAUCAGUACGAGGUCCAGAUCACGCGGGCACUCGUCGUAUGUCAUGUUGGGGAGGUACUUGAACGAGGGCGUGACCUCGGUCGGAGCUAGGGUUUGGGCGAGGUAAAAGAUCUCCAGGUCUAUUGCGGAUCCUGCAAAACGGGCAAUGGCUGGGUUGAGUCCCUGCGCCGCGUCGACGUAUUUGCGUGAGAGAUUGCCGAUUAUGUCAAUGCCCAUGAUGUCUGACACCUGAACGCCCUCGAGGAGAACGGCCAUGCGAAAAGGCUUGUUUGGGGUUUGGGCAGACAUGUUUGAAGUGGAUUUGUAGAUGCGUAGUGUGGGACUGAUCGAAUGGUUUUGGUGUGCUGAUCGAAUCUCUAUCUUCCGUCCUGAAAACCUAACAAAU